CUACUUAGUAUCAAGAAGGCCGCGGUUCGUAAUAAGGGAGAUCCGAAAGCCCUGCUGUCGAUCCAACAGUCUUUACUUGACUUUGUGGUGGUUUGGUCGAUUUAGCGUGACACCAGUAAAGUUUUAUCUCUUCAACGCGUGAAGCGCACUUGGUUUCGACGGACUUUUGGAGAUGGGAGUGUGAAAAAGUGUUGUUUAUCGCGGUUUUCUUCUUUAAAAGUGUAAACUGACGCAAUGAUUCUAAGGAGAAGUGUUGGUUCUUCUAAAUGGACACUAGGACUAUUGAUAAUUUUGUUCACAUCAAAUAGCCUCGUUGCAGGAGAAGAAGAAGAUGAAGAUCCAAAUUCACGGUACAGGCAACACAGCAAUGAUUCAGCACGUUUAACACCUGGAGGGCCUAACGUCUGCCGUUCAAGAUAUGCAAGUUUCUGCUGUCCUGGAUGGUCAAGGCAUAACAUUUUAGGAUUAUGUAUAAUUCCAAUCUGCAAUAGGCCAUGUGGUAGUGGACAAUGUGUGCGUCCAAAUGUCUGUAGAUGUGAAGCAGGACAAGAGACGAGAGCACCAUGCUAUAGAGAUGCAGGCAACGAAGGAGAGCCCCAAGGAAGACCAUGCAGGGCAAUGUGUAUGAAUGGAGGUACUUGUGUCGAUGGCAGAUGCAACUGCCCUCCAGGAUUUAGUGGAGAGUUUUGUACAGAACCAAUUUGCCUGGAGCGUUGCAAAAACGGAGGUAGAUGUAUUGGACCAGAUAGAUGUGCCUGUAUCUACGGAUUUGCAGGAAAACACUGUGAGAUUGAUUUCAGAACUGGGCCUUGCUAUACUGGAGCUAGGGGAUCUCUAUGUGUGAACCAACUUCAAGGUGUUGUAUGCACGAAAACGCUAUGUUGUGCAACUGUUGGAAAAGCUUGGGGUCACCCGUGUGAACACUGCCCUUCAAGACUUGACUGUGAUAUAGGAUUUAUUAAGAACCAAAAGACUGCUGAAUGUAUAGAUAUAAACGAGUGUGAGGCGAUACCCCAUCUAUGCGAAGGAGGACAAUGUGUGAACUCAAUAGGAUCUUUCACCUGCGAAUGCCCAGAAGGUCAAACCAGGAAUUUAGAAACCAACCAGUGCGAUGACAAGAAUGAAUGUGAAGAUGAAGGUGUUUGUGAGAAUGGUAGAUGUGUCAAUACUGAUGGGUCAUAUUUCUGCUUAUGCAAUCCUGGUUUUAUACAGAGCCAGAACCAAAAAUACUGUAUAGAUGGUCGACAAGGAUUGUGCUAUACCGAAAGAACAGAGCAGGGUUAUUGUAGGGCAAAUCUUCCCAUGAGGUUGUCAAAGAAGGAUUGCUGUUGUGGUGUCAACAUGGGGCAAGGAUGGGGAGACGAAUGUUCCAGAUGUCCAGUUUUUGGAGAAGAUGAACACCGAUUACUCUGUGCGUCAAUCCAACCAGGAACGAUGAUAGGAGAAGGAGAAGGGUCUGGAGAGGUCAUAGAGAGUGGGACAAGUCAUGGAAUGAUACCAGGAGGAGGCUCAAUUAUUGCCGUGAACGAAUGUAUCCUCCGUCCAAACAUUUGUGGACCUGGACAGUGUGUUGACACUGUAUCAGGAUACAAGUGCAUCUGCAACCCUGGAUACCGACUUGGAAAAUCACAUGUGUGUGAAGAUAUCGAUGAAUGUAGAGAAGGUAAAUGCCAAAAUGGCGUUUGUCGCAACACAAUAGGGAGCUUUGAUUGCAUGUGCCCACCUGGUUUCGAUGUAUCUCCAGACGGUACAAUGUGUACUGACCAUGAUGAGUGCGCUGAGAUAGGAAUGUGCAGCAAUGGUAGAUGCGUGAACAUGGAUGGAAGCUUUAAGUGUCUAUGCAACCCUGGAUUCAAGUUGUCGCCGUCGAUGUUCGCUUGUAUAGAUAUCGAUGAAUGCAGCGAGAAUCCAAGAAUUUGCCUCAACGGACGUUGUAUGAAUAUUCCUGGAUCAUAUAUGUGCCAUUGCUUGCCUGGAUUUGUGGAAUCCAGUGACAAAACCUUCUGUAGUGAUAUGGAUGAAUGUGCAAGUACAGGAAUGUGUGACCACGGAAAAUGCAUAAACAUGGAGGGAUCCUUCCGCUGUAUCUGUGACUCCGGAUACCGCCUAGGUCCAGACGGACGCCACUGCAUCGACAUCGACGAGUGCAUAUCCCGUCCUUGCCAGUCAGGCAGGUGCUUCAACACUCCAGGCAGCUUCAGAUGCGAGUGCCAGGCUGGCUUCAGCCUAGGUCCUGACGGACGCUCCUGUCUCGAUACCAGACGUGAUCUCUGCUACCAGGAGUACAGGGACGGACUAUGCUUCAACCCCUCAACGUUGGCGGUCACCAGGUCCAGCUGCUGUUGCUGCGCUCUUUUCACCGGCAAGCCUAUGGGCUGGGGUACGAACUGUCAGCCUUGUCCCAUGCCUGGUACGAGCGAUUACGAUGUUCUGUGUCCCCAUGGACCUGGUUCAACGUUUGACGGCAACGACAUCAACGAGUGCGCGCAGAAUCCCAAUAUUUGCCAGAACGGUGCUUGUGAGAACAUGAUCGGAACGUAUCGAUGCAUCUGUAACACUGGUUUUGAGGUGGAUGAGACUGGGAAGAUUUGUACUGAUAUAAAUGAGUGCGAGAUCGAAGAAUUGGUAUGUAGCGGGGGACAAUGCCGGAACACUCCAGGAAGCUACCAGUGUAUCUGUCCUUCUGGAACUCAACUCAACCCAAUCACUUCAGUCUGUGAAGACAUAGACGAGUGCAAAGAACUUGGUCCAGAAGCGGCUUGUUUCAACGGAGAAUGCGUUAACACCUUUGGAUCUUACAAGUGCGACUGCGACCCAGGAUCUGUCCUGGAUAACACUGGCAGGAUCUGCAUAGAUAACAGAAGAGGUUCUUGCUGGACCAAGCUCAACCAUGGAAGAUGUGAGAACAACCUACCACAACUGAGCAAAAAAACAGAAUGUUGCUGUUCCAUUGGUGUUGCCUGGGGAUCCCCUUGUGAGAGGUGUAACAGGAACGAAUGUGACUGUCCACCAGGUUAUGCUAAAGUAGACGGCAAGGCUUGCGCUGACAUCAACGAGUGUGACCUCAACCCUGACAUCUGUAGAGGGGGUGGCACCUGUGUUAAUACUGAUGGCAGUUUUACUUGCAGCUGCCCACCUGGUCUAACCUUGGAUGCAGCUAGAACUCAGUGCUUAGACGUAAGGGAAGAACUGUGCUACACAAAAUAUAAACACGGCAAAUGUAUCAACCCUAUAGAAGGAAUAUUCUACAAACACCUCUGCUGCUGUACGUCUAUCGGACGAGGAUGGGGUGAUAAGUGCGAGUCUUGUCCAAGACCUGGAACUGCAGCAUUCGCAGAACUGUGUCCUAAGGGUCUUGGUUUCGUCGAUCACAGGGACAUAAAUGAAUGUACUGAAUUUCCCGGAAUGUGUCAGAACGGUAGAUGCAAGAAUACAGUCGGUGGUUACAGCUGCAAGUGUAACAAGGGUUACGAUUACGAUGACAGCAAAAUAAAGUGUGUUGAUAUCGAUGAGUGUAGUCUGACAACAACUAACGUAUGUGGAAACGGAGUCUGUAAGAACAUUCCAGGAGAUUUCAUGUGCGAGUGUAAUGAAGGUUACAGUGCUGUAGCUCCUAUGCAAGUUUGCAUGGAUAUCAACGAGUGUGAAGAGAUACCUGGGUUGUGUAGGGGAGGAAGAUGCAUAAACACUGAAGGCUCUUACAAGUGCGAAUGUCCACCUGGCCACGAGUUGGCUUCUGACAAGCAGACCUGUAAAGAUAUCGAUGAGUGUUCAAUUACCAGCGGUAUAUGUUCCAAUGGAGUUUGUGAGAACAUGAUGGGGACGUACCAGUGCGUUUGUAAUGAAGGAUAUUCGCAGACUGGACUCAAAUCUCAUUGCGAAGAUAUUGAUGAAUGCGAGGAAGAGCCAUGUGAAGAUAUCUGUGUAAAUACUCCUGGUAGCUUUGAAUGUACCUGCGGGUCGGGAUACGCUUUGAUGCUAAACGGAAGAGGAUGUAUGAACGUUGAUGAAUGCAAAGAAAACCCAAGAAUAUGCAAUGGUGGUAGAUGUGAGGAUAUUCCAGGCAGCUAUAUUUGUCAUUGUACGAUAGGGCUAAUUCCAGGACCUAAAGGAACAUCGUGCCUAGACGUUGACGAAUGCAAGAACCCAAAUAUUUGUGGGAAUGGAGAAUGCAUCAACAUCCUGGGUUCCUUCCACUGUCGAUGCGAAGAGGGAUAUUCUGUUAAACCUGAUGGAGGUGCUUCUUGUACAGACGACGACGAGUGUUACUUAGGUACACAUCAGUGUCAUGAGAACGCCAACUGUAUCAAUAUUCCUGGAUCCUACCAGUGCCGGUGCUUGGACGGCUUCACGGGCAACGGCAAGAGUUGCCGCGACAUCAACGAGUGCAAAACCAACAACGGAGGGUGUGACCAGAACGCCCAGUGCAUCAACAACGAUGGUUCCUUCAAGUGCGAAUGCGAUGCAGGUUACAAAGGCGACGGCUACAACUGUGAGGACAUAGAUGAGUGUACCAACGACCCCAAUCUGUGCGAGAACGGUCAAUGCAUCAACUUUGCCGGUUCCUUCCGUUGCGAGUGUGAAAUGGGCUUUAUGCAUCCCGAGGAAGGAAACGACAAGUCGUGCGUCGAUAUUGACGAAUGCGUCAUGUUCAACAACCUCUGCGUCUAUGGAAAAUGCGAGAACCUCUUUGGUGUAUUCCGAUGCGACUGCCACGAUGGAUACAAACUAGAUGGCUCUGGUGGCAACUGUACUGACAUAGAUGAGUGCGAGAGUCCCCAGUCUUGUCUGUACGGAAAAUGUGGCAACUUGGAAGGCAGCUACAAGUGCACCUGUCCCCUGAAUCACGAACUAGUGGCUGGUGGAAAUGCAUGUAUUGACAGAAGAACAUCACGUUGUUAUCUGCAAGUGGACCAGCAUGGUUGUUCAUCUCCAUCUGCCAACUAUGUUACCAAGGCUUCUUGUUGCUGCUCUGUUGGUAAGGGAUGGGGCCCUAACUGUGAAGCUUGUCCUGCCUUGGAUAGUGAGGAAUAUCAGGAACUGUGUCCAGGAGGUAUGGGAUACAGGCCGAAUGAUGUUACGGUCGUUCUGGAGGAUAUUAACGAGUGUGAGGAACAUGAAAACCUUUGCCAAAACGGAUACUGCACCAACACUUUCGGAAGCUUCAUGUGUUCCUGCAAUGAAGGUUACAAGCUUGACGAAUCUGGUUACGUUUGCGUCGAUAUAAAUGAGUGCGUCGAAAACCCUGGUAUUUGCAGCGUUGGGCAAUGCAUAAAUGAGCCUGGAAAGUACCACUGUCAAUGUCCUGAAGGAUACAUGCCACUUCCUGGAAGAAAGGAGUGUGUUGACCUGAGAAAAGAGACUUGCUAUCUCGAAUACAGCAGAUGGCGAUGCUCAGCACCAAUGACACAGAAUCAAACGAGGAAAGUCUGCUGUUGUUCCAUGGGCCAAGCUUGGGGAUCACCUUGUGAACCAUGCCCUUUAUCAAACACUAGUGAAUACGUUGGUCUGUGUGGACCUCACCCAGGUCAGAUUAUGAACCCGAUGACCAACAAGUCCGAGGGCAUUAACGAAUGUGAGCUGAUGCCCUCGAUGUGCAAACAUGGGCAAUGUAUUGACACUCCUACCAGCUUCGAAUGUCAGUGCAACAGAGGGUAUAUCUAUGACGCCAAUUCGCAUCAGUGUAUUGAUGACAAUGAGUGUUCUAAGUCGCCUUGCAGUGGGAACGCUCAGUGUAUCAACCUUCCAGGGAGCUUCGAAUGUAAAUGUCCGGAGGGCUACAAACACGGUUCGACUUUCGUCGAUUGCGUAGACAUCGACGAGUGUAUCGAGAGGCCUCAUAUCUGUCAACACGGCGAGUGCAAGAACCUCCAGGGCAGCUUCCAGUGUAUCUGUGACUCCGGGUACUACCUCUCCCCCUCUAGGGACACCUGUGUAGACGUGGACGAGUGCACCAGACACCCGAACGUCUGCAAAAACGGCACCUGCGUCAACAUGGCUGGCGAAUACAAGUGCCAUUGCAACCCUGGCUUCAAGCUGAGUCCCAACAACGAUUGCGUGGACAUCGACGAGUGUCACAUGAUGCCGUUCUUGUGCAGGAACGGAAGAUGCAGGAACACGGUUGGAUCUUUCGCUUGCGAGUGUGCGACUGGGUACACCCUGUCAGUGGAUGGACAUAACUGCAGAGACGUCGACGAAUGCAGAGAGAUACCUGGAACUUGCCCACUGCCAGGAAAGUGCACGAACGUGAUGGGAUCCUUCAUAUGCAGCUGUCCAGCUGGAUACGAGCUCAACCAAGACCUCAGCACCUGCGAGGACAUAGACGAGUGCGAAGUCAACGCCGGUUCUUGCGAGAACGGUGUAUGUCAAAACACCAUCGGAGGAGCCUUCUGUACCUGUCCUGACGGUUUCAAGAUAGACCACAUACUGAUGAAGUGCAUAGACGUGAGACAGGAGCAGUGCUACGACAACUUCAACAGGGGUCAGUGUCAAGAACCCAGAGGCAUGCAUAUUUCGUUCAAGGAGUGCUGCUGCUCGAAGGGGGCUGCUUGGGGGAGAUAUUGUGAUAGGUGUCCUCCGGAGAACACGCCCGAAUUCCAUAGACUGUGCCCCGAAGGUCCAGGAAGAUUGGAGACCGGAAGCGACAUCAACGAGUGCGAAUUGAUGCCUAACAUCUGCGAGGGUGGGGACUGUAUCAACACCGACGGUUCCUUCCGUUGUGACUGCCCCCAGGGUUAUGUCUUGGAUGAAAGUGGCAAAAAGUGUGUUGACGACAAUGAGUGCGUAGUGAAUCCAUCCAUUUGUGGGAAUGGUACUUGUACGAACGUCCAGGGAGGCUUCGAGUGUAGAUGUAAUGAUGGUUUUGCUCCAGGUCCUAUGCAGGUAUGCGAGGACGUGAAUGAAUGUUUGGAGAUGGGAAAUCAAUGCGCUUUUAGAUGCUACAACAUUCCUGGAUCAUUCAGAUGUAUCUGUCCUUAUGGUUAUGCAUUGGCUGCUGAUGGCACACAUUGUGAAGACGUCAACGAAUGCAACACUCCAGCAAACAACUGCAAGUUCCAGUGCAAGAACUUGAUAGGCAGGUUUAUGUGUAUUUGCCCGCCUGGCUAUCUGCAAGUACAAGGAAGUGACGAUUGCAUCGAUAUCGACGAGUGUUCCGCAGAUCCUUCCCUGUGUAGCAAUGGACGUUGCUACAAUCUGGAAGGCUCCUACAGAUGCGAGUGUUUCGAAGGAUUCGAGCCUACCCCUGAUAGAAAACGAUGUGUUGAUAGGAGGAAGGAAUUCUGCUUCCGCAAACUCAUCCAAGGUCGUUGCAGUACAUCAAACAGAGAAAUGCGAAGGGUCACGAAGGCAGAUUGUUGCUGUUCUAUGGGAGAAGCUUGGGGAGCAGGUUGUGAAAUAUGCCCUUCAAGAUACUCGCCACAAUACCAAGAGUUGUGUUUGGACAGCGGUUUCACAGUCGAUGGAGCAGACGUCAACGAAUGCGAAACCAUCCCAGAUCUAUGCAACAACGGGCAGUGCAUCAACACCAUGGGUUCCUACCGCUGCAUCUGCAACAAGGGUUUCAAAGUAGACGAAUCAGGUCUUUUCUGUAGAGACGUCAACGAGUGCACUUUGCACCCCUCACCUUGCGAGCACCACUGCCACAACACAGAAGGAAGUUACAGCUGUUCUUGUCCUUCUGGCUAUCAAUUGAACGUCGAUGGCAUAUCUUGCGUGGAUAUAGACGAGUGCGAGACUGGCCAACAUGUUUGCCCUCACGAGUGCAUCAACACUAGGGGAAGUUACAACUGCAGCUGUCACGAAGGGUUCAAGCAAGUUGGAGACGAGUGUCACGAUAUCGACGAAUGCAAGACAGGAGACCUCUGCCCCAGACCUGGAAGGUGCAUAAACACGCUGGGAAGCUUCAGAUGCAUCUGUCCCAGAGGUUUCAAGGUCGACCCGACGGGAAGCUUCUGCAUAGACUCCAACGAGUGCAGCGAUGACUCCAGGUGUCCCGAGGGUUGCCAGAACCUGAUAGGAGGGUUCAAGUGCAACUGCGGUCCUGGAUACGUCCCCCACUUUUACUACAACCAGUGUGUAGACGAUAACGAGUGUUUAAGGAACCCUUGUGGGGAUGCCGGUAACUGCUUCAACACCCCUGGCAGCUACAGGUGCGGUUGCCCUCCGGGAUAUCAGUACGACACUGGACUCAGCAUAUGCGUGCAGGUGAGUGCAAACUGUGCAAACGCACCUUGCUCCUAUGGCUGUACCAAAGUAGGCUCUGGCUUCUCCUGCGGCUGUCCUGGUGGUUACCAAAGGAUAGAGCAGGGACAUUGCUUCUCCUCUCUCACUCCAGUUUAUCCUGGAGGUGACGACAUCGGUGAUGUUCCCGUUUAUCCUAUAGAUCCAAAUCCAGACACUAACAAGAAGCUGAUCAGCACGGAAGGAUGUUUCUCUUGCAGAGUGAAUGGAAGACAUCGCCGCAACCUUAGACAUAGACGUCAUAGAGAUCGGUCCGCCUCCUCGGAUAUCGGGGAUCUUUUGAAACACCCGAACAGGAGAAUGAGAAGAGAAACCAGAGAGGGUGUAGAAUACAAAGAAAUGACGAUAACGAUGGACCAGACGAAACACAGGAAUAGAAUCUUCAAGGUUGUGCCGAGUGUUAGGACCCGAAUGCUAUAUAACAUUGCAGAGGAGAAAGAUCGCAGCAAAUUCGAAUUGACAGAAAAGAAUGGAAUAUGGUCACUCUAUUUCAAGAAAAGAGUUAAGGAACCGAGCGAAUAUAAUUUGAUUUUGUACGGAAAACCAGUCGUAGAUCCCGAGUUUAGGUAUCCAAAAGAAGCAUACGCAAAAUCAUUCUCCUUAUGGUUGAGAAUAGUUGUUACCGAAUAAGAAAUAUUUAAAUUAUUUAUAAUUUAUUUAAGCUCUAAGUGCCUUCUAACAACUUCAUUAAAAUAAUUAUACAGAUCGUAAGAGCGAAAGUUAGGUAAUAUUUUUGAGAUUUUUUACACCUAGGAUCCAACCAUUCUGUUGAUUCAAUUUUUGUCGAAUAGGCAUUCAGAGAAUGGUCACUGCCUGUAGAAAAUUUCUCCUUGAUUUAGGAGUUUGAAACUGCCCUAAAAAAUUGUGUUCAGUGUCCUAUUCGAUGAUAAAUGGCAUUAUUUUGGAACAACGUGUUUACAAGUAUUAGCAAUAAAUUUUUAUAUGGUUAUAAUGUUGAAAUCAUAUUUAUAUGAAGCUUAAUAUAAGUUACCCUUUAUAUUUAAAUCGAAGUCCUGUAAAAUAUCGCUUUAAUUUUUUUAUUAUCUUAGAUGCAAUAAACUAAUUUUUUUAA